UGUGUGUUAUGUGGAUGAUUAGAUUUUUUUUUUCUUUUUACAAUAGAUAUGGCAGACAAAAGAAUUAGGGUUAGUUGGAAGUCGGAAUUGGUGGACAAAACUUUUUUAGAAGCAUGUAUACAAGAAUUAACAAGAAAUGGCCGGGAGGGUAGCGGACUAAAAGCAAGCUCAUGGGCUGUGGUCGCGGAGAAAUUGAAAACAGAUCAUAAUUUUAUUGUCGACAAAAAACAAAUGAAAAAUCGAUAUGACUAUUUAAAAGCAAAAUAUGCAGUGUGGUUAAAACUUAAAAACAAAACAGGAAAUAUUUAUAAUCCCGUUACGAAUUCUUUUAACAUGACUAAUGAAGAAUGGGAAGCGGAAGCGAAGUUGAACAAGUACGUAGAUAAGCUGAGAAAUGCACCCCUCCCUUGCCCUGAACUUUGUACCCAACUAUUUGAUGGGGCGACCUCGACCGGUGUUCACAGUUGGGGGCCAUCUUCGACAUUACCUCAUCCCAAUGAAACCUUCAGUACACAUGAUUUUGAGGAUACAGAGAUGGAUGAGCCAGCACCUCAUGCAGAUACCCCAAGCUCAACAGUACCUCAACCUACUAGUGAGGAAUCAUCUGGGCUGACAAAAAACAAGGGGGGCAAACGAAAUGGUCCUAAAGAAACCACACUUGAUGAUGAGUUGAAAGAAGUUGGAAAAGAGAUUAUCAAGGCUGCACAAGCAUUCACCGAAGCAAAUAAUCUUGACAAGGAGAUGGAUGCUUGUAUGGCGAAGUUGACAAGCUUGGAGUGGGGAGAAUAUGAUCCGAAAUACACCACUGCUCUUAUGUUAUUUGCUGAAAGUGCUGGUAAUAGGAAAAUUUGGUUGCGUCUUAACUUGUCAACUUGUGAGUCGUGGGUAACAAAUGCAGGAAAAAAGUUUGGAUUAGUUGGUUGACUUUAGUAUUUACAUGUUAUGUUUGACUUUAGUAUGUUAUGGUUCAUUGUUAGACAUUAGUAUUCUAUGGUUUAGUUAUGUUAUGGAUUGUUUUUCUUAGGUGCGGUUAUGUUAUAUGAAUUUAUA